AUGAAUCCCAGCGGUAGCAAAUCUCUUACUUAUGGAUUUGAUUCCUUCUUCUCGCAAUCUUCUAGCCCUUCGUUGUCCAUGGAUCCAGCCCCUGUCAACACACCGCGUAUGCCGUCGACCGCAGAACAGCCUCCAUCAGAUGGAAUAUUUGACUUUGGUGAACUCGGAGGGGAGGAUUUAAAUGCUCUCGGCAGCCAAACGGAAUAUGUCGAUUUUCUCCCAUUGGAACAAAUGAGUUCGAGUCAACCACAACAAAUAUUCUCUGACGUGGAUAGGCAGAUCGAUUCUGGCGUCCGCAAACUCACAACACCUGACGUCGCUACCUCCAGCGAUCUUACAUCCACGUUCGAUACCUACCCAGGGUAUGGCUCCUUGAGACAAGACUGCAGACUGGAUAAUGAUCUUGAUCCUGGCUAUCAGCAUCCAAGGGCUAGUGGCGCUUUCGAUUUUGGUCCGCGAAAAGAGCCUCCCAACGUACGACGUCAAUGCGAGCAUCGCCAUAUUGACGAGCUUUCACUCCUUGUCAGGAUUAUGGCUCUCGAGGCCCAUAAGAAAGACGCAGAAAUCAGGAUAGAGGAACUCCUCAAAUGGAAAGCCUCUCAGGUGGCAAGAAAUGUCGAGAUGAAGAACAUGAUGGAUGAGAUUUUGGAGAUGCUCCGCAACUUGGAGACUAAACCAAGCCUAGAGACAUAG